UAAAAAUCGUUUGUCAUUUUUCUAAGUUUGAUUAUGAGAUUCAGUACAAAUAUACACACCAUGUUACACAUACAUGUCGACCAUAGGAAAUAGAAAUUUAUUAAUCGGAUCAGACAAGUCACAUUAUUUUCUUAUUGCGAGUCAAGAGGUGUUAUUUCAGUGUCUCUUUCCUUACGGCUACCAUGCUAAUUCCCCGGGAAUAUUCACGCUGCUGAGGAGAGCGAGAGCCACACCAAUCACAUGAUCACUGGGCUCCAUUCGAUUGGCUGGUUAUGUCAACAUAAUACGAUAGUGAGUGAAAAUGGCAGAACACGAAAUGCCUAUUCGGAUGAAAUAAGAGGAUAGAUACAGCUUCAUUUUGAAUGUUUCGUUAUUGAAGAUGAUGAUGAUGUAACUGGAGGGAGCUGGUAAUGGCCAAGGUGACAGAGUUCCAGUGGAGGAUUCCAGUACCCCAACCCCUGCUGGAUGGAGCUGUGUUUGACCGCUGGGAUGAGGAAUCCUCGACAUUGGAGGCUAGCUGCAAUGUGAUAGUUGAUGAUUAUGGAUUUUUCAUUCACUGGAAAAGUGAAGGACGGGAAGGCCAGGUGUUGGAGAUAUCACAGGUCAAUGAUGUCAGACUGGGCCUCGCACCAAAGAUCAAUGAUCCAAAAGUGCUGGUGGAGCUGGAACAGAAACGAUCUGGCAACUUGGAGUCUCGCACCGUGACCAUCUGUAGCGGCCGUGACUUGGUCAACAUCAACUACAAAUUUAUGAUUGCCGCUGAACCAGAGACCGCAAUGACCUGGUUUCAAGGCCUGCAAAAGCUCACCAAUAACACCAAAGCUAACAACAUUUGCCCUAUGAUGUCACUACGGAAACAUUGGAUGAGGCUGUGUUACUCUGUGAACCCUAAUGGCAAGAUCCAAGUUAGAAGUAUCACAAGAACGUUUGCAUCAGGCAGGACAGAGAGGAUGAUAAUGCAGUGUUUGAAAGACCUAGGACUGCCAGGUGGAAAGUGUGACGACAUAGACUUAUCAGCAUUUACGUUUGACAAAUUUUAUGAAUUAUAUCAUAAGAUUUGUCCUCGCACAGACAUCGAAGACCUAUUCAAGGAACUAAGCGGAGAUGCCAAUAGAACUUACCUGACAGUACCACAGCUUAUCGCAUUCUUCAAUGAUCGCCAAAGAGACCCACGUCUAAAUGAAAUCCUCUUCCCUUAUUGUGAUGAAAAGAGAGCUCAGACUAUUAUACAGAAUUUUGAAACGGAUCCAGAAUACAUAAAACAAUAUCGGUUCAGCCUGGAUGGAUUUUGUCGUUACCUGAUGUCGGAUGAGAAUGCCCCUGUAUUCCUUGACCGGCUAGAUUUUUACAUGGACAUGGACCAGCCUCUGUCUCAUUACUACAUCAACUCCUCCCACAACACGUACCUCACAGGAAGACAGUUUGGUGGAAGGUCCUCGGUCGAGAUGUACCGCCAGGUGCUAUUGGCUGGAUGCAGAUGUGUGGAACUUGACUGUUGGGAUGGUAGAAAUGAGGACCAGGAACCUAUUAUUACACACGGCAAGGCUAUGUGUACUGACAUCGUCUUCAAGGAUGUUAUCCAGGCUAUAGCCGAGACAGCUUUUGUAACAUCUGAACAACCUGUUAUUCUGUCUUUUGAAAACCAUUGUAGCAAACCUCAGCAGUACAAGAUGGCCAAGUAUUGUGAGGAUAUCCUCGGUGACUUCUUGUUGAAGCGACCCCUCGACUCGGUCCCGCUUGAACCAGGAGUAGCACUUCCUUCCCCAAAUCAACUUAGACGUAAAAUACUGAUAAAAAAUAAAAGGUUGAAACCUGAGGUGGAGAAAAAGAACCUGGAGCUGUUCUUGAAGGGUCAGGAACAGUUAAACGAGGACGCCGAACCAGGGGAGGACCCAAGUGUGAUGAUCGCCAGUGUUGAUGGCGAGGAGGGACCACUUAAUGGUAAAUGGACAUUCUGUAAAGACUUGGACCCCAGUGUCAUCAACCUGGACACUGACGCUCACCCCGAGUUUAAGAUGCCAAAGACAAAGCCAGUUGUGAGUGAACCAACUCUGGAGCUGGCAGAGGAAGUGACCAAUAACAAGAUGUCUACCAGUAGUGAUAGCUUUAAGUUCAACGACAAAAAGGUGGUAGAAGGAGAGGGGAGUCUUACAGCAGACGAGGAGGCAGCAUUAAUGUCAGCGUACCACUACAGUGGCGCCACCACCAACAUCCAUCCCUAUCUGUCAGCAAUGGUCAACUAUGCCCAGCCAAUCAAGUUCAACGGCUUUGAUGUAGCUGAAGCUGUAAAUAAUCACUUCCACAUGUCCUCCUUCAAUGAGACUGCUGCCAAUGCUAUACUGAGGCAUGCCAUUCACUCGGGAACUUGUUCUGGGAUCAUUGACUACAACAAACGCCAGAUGAGUCGGAUUUAUCCCCGAGGCAGCCGGGUAGACUCGGGCAAUUACAUGCCACAGUUGUUCUGGAAUGCUGGAUGUCAAAUGGUUGCCCUGAACUUCCAGACUCCAGAUAUAGCAAUGCAGCUCAACCAGGGCAAAUUUGAGUACAACGGUAACUGUGGGUAUUUAUUAAAACCAGAUUUUAUGCGACGGCCAGACAGAACAUUUGAACCAUUCUCAGAGAGUCCUGUAGAUGGAGUUAUUGCAGCACAUUGCUCUGUACAGGUGAUAUCGGGACAGUUUUUGUCUGACAAGAAGAUAGGAACAUUUGUUGAGGUAGACAUGUACGGUCUACCGACUGACACCAUCCGAAAGGAAUUCCGUACCAAAGUAGUGGCGUCCAAUGGCCUCAAUCCUGUAUAUAACGCAGAAGAAUUUGUCUUCAGAAAGGUAGUGCUUCCCGAUUUAGCUGUGCUUAGAAUUGCUGUUUAUGAAGAUACUAACAAGCUGAUUGGCCAAAGAAUCCUGCCCCUAGAUGGGCUGCAAGCAGGUUACAGAUAUAUUUCCCUACGUUCAGAGGGAAACUUCCCCUUGUCUCUACCCACAGUCUUCUGUAGAAUUAUCCUGAAAACUUACAUCCCAGACAAGCAUUUAGAUUUUGUGAAGCUGCUGUCUAAUCCUGAGAAACAGCUGAAGGAGAUGGGUAUAGACACGUCUGACAUCAUUGACAGUCCUGUACCGUGUCUUGGUCCAGCCAAUCGCCAGCUCAGUGGGUCGGGACUGACAGGCAGUAACGGGCAGGUGUCUAACUCCAGCUACGCUGACAAACCUGCCGGCACGCCUAAUGCCUCACAGAAAAAAGAGGACAAAAAAGAUGAUAUGAGUUUCCCAGUCAUCACCAGAGACCUGCUGAAACAAGCCAAGGCAUUCCAGAAAAUUCUCAAGAAACAGCCACGGGAGAUGGAGGCGUUGAAGAAAAAACAACAGAAAGAACGGUCGACAAUGAAUCGUCAACACUGUUUGGUUGUCGACAAAAUGGUGGCCACUCAUAACAAGGAGCGACAGGGAUCAGACAAGAAGAAAAAUGGUGAUAACUCAUUUCCAGAGUUGAAAAACACAUCCAAGAUAACAGAGUUGGUGACUGACCAGACUAAGGAGUGGUCAGACAUGGUCAUGAGACAGAAGUCUGAGGAACACGAGCUGCGUAAGGAGCACAUUAACCAACAGAAUGACUGUUUAAAAAAGCUGUUAGAGGAAGCCCACCAAGACCAACUCAAGGAGCUCAUUUCACGGCAGAGCAGGGAGGUAAAAGAUUUGAAUGCCAACCAAGUAAAACAGUCCAUGGAAUCAAGUAAGGUCGUACAGAAUGACAAGUCCAUCAAAAAUAAGGCCGAAAGGGAAAGGAGAAUACGUGAACUGAAUGAAAAUAACAUGAAAAAAUUUAUUGAUGAGAGAAAGAAACAGACAAUGAAACAGUCCAAACAAUUAGAGUCGCUCAAAAAGAACCACCAACAACAGAUGGAAAAGUUUUUACAGGAAAGCAAAAAGGAGCUGGAAAAGGCAGACAUGAUCCAUGAAGAGGUUAAAUUAGCAACAAAACCAGAGACAGAUGUCUAACAGCUGCUUGUAUUCUAUUAUAGAGUCACGUCUGAACGGUCAUUCCUACAACAGACCUACAACAGACUCGUGCCUCAAGCUUGUCUGUCAGGGCUGACUUGUCAGGUGGCUCUAAGCCCAUAGAGUAUUGUUGUGACAUCUCAUUGUUAUCAUCAUGUUAUCAAAUUUUAUAAUUAAUUUAUUCAUGUUUCUCCCCCAAAGAAUUCUUUUUAUUAUGUAGUUAAUUAUAUAUCAUCAUCAGAUCUCAUUAACUGUGAGAGGAGAAUCCUUAAGGACUAUUAUUAGUAGCUGUGAGUGGGAAAUCCUCAAGGACUAUUAUUAGUAACUGUAAAUCGGAAACUCCUCGGGGACUAUUAUUAGUAACUGUGAGUAGGAAAUCCUCGAGGACUAUUAUUAGUAAAUGUGAGUGGGAAAUCCUCAAGGACUUUCAUGUGAUGUUGAUGACAGAUCUGUGAUUACUGUAGGGGAAGUCUAGCUGUGAUAGAGUUAUACUGACCAGUGUCUCAGCCUCUAACUUUGUAUAUAUGAGGAUGUUAUUGAGGUAAUCACUGGGGAUAUUGUUGAUUGGAUUACAUAUUUAGUACACUGUGUGAAUAGUUAACAUUUGUAGACAUAUGUCAUUAUGAAGAGCAUGAUCACCACAAGCACGUUACGUCUUCUCUCAACACGUUAUCUCUGUAGAUAAGUUUGACUUUAUCAGUGUGUAGACGUCAGUGCUCUAUACAACUUUAAUCAUGGCUGUUUCUCAUGACGAAUCCUGAGGCAAAAGUUUGCAUCAUAUUGGAAUGUUGAUGAAAAUGUCUGGUCAAGGAUAUUGAGACAAAGAAUCAAUUUGACUGUAAAUAACUAUACAAUUACCAUCACAAACACCUGGUGUGCCCAGUAGUGGAGAGGAAAGUAGGCUUCUGGAAGGAAGAACAAGUAUAAGUCAGGGACCAAUGGUAACCCAUAGUUACGGGACCAGUAACAACAGAGCUGAUCACAUGAUCAUAUAGGAGACCAUUUUCCUGUCAAAGAAGGAAAUAGCAUCAUCUUAGCAGAUUGGUUAAAAAUGUUAAAGACACUUGACAACUAAAGUAAAUCCACAUUGAUGCUUUUGAGGAAACCAGGAAAGGAUGUUGUCUUAUAGCAUGGAGCAACCUUGUGAAGUGUUGAACAUUGAUUGAAACAAAGAAAUGCUCAGUUCUCUUCCAAUUGUGUACCUGUCUAUGUUUAAUGUACAAGUGAUAUGUAUAUAUGUUCCACUUAAAGCACACUGGCAUUUUUUAUUUAUUUUUUAAUUAUGCCAGCGGAGAUUGUUUUGGUGAAUAGUGCAUUUCAUCAACAUCUACAAUAUUAUGAUAAUCAUAGUAUUAACCGUCAUAUUGAAGACGGAGGACAGCUUUGGUGUUAGUGCUCAUCAAAGUAAGAUUCAGGAUAGCGUACUCAGCAUGGCAGUGAAGGUAACAUUUCAAUGAAAUAUUGUUAAUGUAUCACCAGUAAUAGGUAGGUUAUCAGACUUCCCUCCGUUGCCGAGGCAACAAAGAAAAUUGUUUGAAAAAUGUAUUCAAUAUAAAUGAAGUUCCUACACACAUAUAUAUACAUACAUAUAUAUAUACCAGGCAUUGUAAUAUGUACUAUUUCCAAAUCUUUCCCUCUCCAAUGCCAUGGUUUAAAUUGACUGCCAUUAAAAAAAUAUUAAAAUAACAUUUUUGCUUUUCUGUAGACAUAGAUUACUGUGCAGUCUCUUUCAGGACUUGUCCAAAAGGACAACUUCACAAAAAUGAGGCCAGGUUUUACUUACUUAAGGUAUUUACUUACUAUAAAGAUAUUUUAAUGAACUCCAUCAUAGACAUACACAGAGUGCUGGAAUAGAUUUUCAAGAUAUACAGUAUAGGGCAAGAACCAUAUGGUAUUUCAAAUGUCUUAACAUAUUAUAAAUCUGAUACAGUGUAGCUGUUUCAGGGUUAUUUUAAAGUUACAAUGGGCAUAUCAAUAUUUCAUUUGUUGUGCUAUUGUUUGAAAUGCAGUUGCCUUGUGCACUAUUUAAGAAAUUGUUGAUCUUGUUUGUUAUAUUUUGCUUUUAAAGACAAAGUUACUUUGAUUGUUUCUAUAUUUCCUCUACCUGUUCUGAUUGUUAGUUUGUUUCCUCUACCUGUUCUGAUUGUUAGUUUGUUUCCUCUACCUGUUCUG